GGGGCGGCGCCUGCCGCGUCACAUGACCAGGCUGAAGAUGGCGGCGCACCUGAGCUAUGGGAGGGUAAUCCUCAACAACCUGCGGGAGGCAGCCCGUAAGGAGCUGCGCGAAUUCCUGGAUAAAUGUGAAGGCAGCAAGGCAAUAGUUUGGGAUGAGCGUCUUACUGGACCAUUUGGACUAAUUGCACAGUAUUCACUAUUAAAGUUUAACAAUCCUUUAGGAACAUGAAGUGGAUAAAAUGUUUACCCUGAAGGAAGGGCGUCUACCUGUAGCAGAUGUCAAAAACAUAAUUUUCUUUGUGAGGCCUAGACUGGAAAUAAUGGACAUCAUCGCUGAUAAUAUUCGUUGUGAAGACAAACUUCCUGGUCCUCACAGAGAUUUCCAUAUCCUGUUCCUGCCACGCCGAAGUCUCCUUUGUGAACAGCGACUAAAAGAACAAGGACUAUUGAUCCACAUCACGCAUAUUGAGGAGUACAGCCUGGAUUUAAUUCCUUUUGAUAGUGAUCUGAUGUCCAUGGAAGCUGAAAGUGCAUUUAGGGAGUGUUAUCUAGAAAAUGACCAGACCAUUCUAUUCCAUGUUGCCAAAGGAUUGAUGACUCUGCAAGCUUUGUACGGAACCAUCCCACAGAUAUUUGGGAAAGGUGAAUGUGCGCGGCUGGUGGCAAAUAUGAUGCUAAGAAUGAAACGAGAAUUUGCUGGAAGUCAGAACCAGAUUUUACCUGUCUUUGAUAAACUCCUGUUACUUGAUCGUAAUGUUGACUUGUUAACACCCCUAGCAACACAAUUGACCUAUGAAGGACUGAUUGAUGAAAUAUAUGGAAUUCAAAAUACAAAUGUAAAACUGCCUCCUGAGAAAUUUGCACCAAAAAAGCAAAAUGAAAGUGGCCAAGAUCUUCCCACUGAACCUAAAAAACUGCAGUUAAACUCUGCUGAAGAACUCUAUGCAGAAAUUAGGGACAAAAAUUUCAAUGCAGUUGGUUCAGUCCUUAGUAAAAAGGCCAAGUUCAUCUCUGCUGCAUUUGAGGGAAGACAUAAUGCAAAGACUGUAGGUGAAAUUAAACAGUUUGUCUCCCAGCUUCCACAUAUGCAAGCAGCAAGAACCUCACUAGCUAAUCAUACAUCUAUUGCUGAACUCAUCAAAGACAUUACAGCAUCAGAAACAUUCUUUGACAAUUUGACUGUGGAACAAGAAUUUAUGUCUGGGAUUGAUACUGACAAGGUUAAUAGUUAUAUUGAAGACUCCAUUGCUCAAAAACAACCUUUGAUAAAGAUACUGCGACUUGUUUGUAUGCAGUCAGUAUGCAAUAAUGGCCUGAAGCAGAAAGUGCUAGACUACUACAAGAGAGAGAUUUUACAGACAUAUGGUUAUGAACACAUUUUAACACUGAAUAACCUAGAAAAGACCGGAUUAUUGAAACCUCAGACUAGCACCAGAAAUAAUUAUCCAACUAUAAGAAAAACCUUGCGCCUUUGGAUGGAUGACAUCAAUGAACAGAAUCCCAAUGAUAUCUCUUACGUGUACAGUGGUUAUGCCCCUCUGAGUGUGCGGUUAACACAAAUCCUGGCUCGUCCUGGAUGGCGAAGCAUAGAAGAAGUACUAAAGAUGCUACCGGGACCUCACUUUGAAGAAAGACAGCAGCUGCCUUCUGGAUUGCACAAAAAACGCCAACAGGGUGAGAACCGAGUUACUCUGGUGUUCUUUCUUGGAGGCGUGACCUAUGCUGAAAUUGCAGCACUUAGAUUCUUAUCCCAGAUGGAAGAGGGAGGUACAGAAUAUAUUAUUGCCACCACAAAGCUGAUAAAUGGAUCAAGCUGGAUUAAAUCUAUGAUGGACAAAUUAGAGCCAUCUCUAUUCUAAAAGGACAAUGUGAUGGACAGUAUUAAUCCAGAUAAACUUUUUAUUGACCCCAGAUGCAUUUGGAAAAUAAGCAUAACUCAUAUGUUUCAAUUGAGAAACUGGAUUGAACAUGGCAUGGGAUGCAGAAAACCAGUCCUUGUGGGCAUAAAUUCACAUUCAGCUGCACUGCCACUUCUGAGUGAUUCUUCAGCUUGCUUGAUGGUAGAGUAGCAUUUGGAACUGAAAUGCUUAGGAAUUCAGGAUGCUUCAGAAUUCAUAUUACAGCUCCCCGAAACAUGUUUCGAUAUUGGCAGAACUCAACCAUUUGUGCCACUGAAUCUAUUUAACUUGGAUGCAGGCUUUGCACAAAUUCCAAGCACUCUGGUAUCCUCUGAAACUUGAAGUGCUGAUACAUUCGUGCAAGAAUAUGUAAUGCAUGGCAUAGUACAUGCAUGGCACAUGUGCAGUAACAUGCUUGAUUUUGAAACUGAUGUACUAAGUGCAGCAGUGUAAGAAACCUAGGCAGUGUGAGGGAAAUAGGGUCAAUGAAUGUGUAUCAUUUUUGCUACCUUAGUAAAUAUAAUGCUUUGAAACUUUGUUUAUACUGAUGGAGUCCAUAGUUAAAAUGUCAUCUUAAGCUCCUGUUCUGACUUCUGUUUCCUCUUUAUCACAUCUAAAAUGAUGUUAAAAGCUUUGUUAUCCUGUGAGAGUAAAACUAAAUCUCGAAACCCUGGUAUUUUCUCUUUACUUUUGAUGUACUGUUCUAUUUAUUGAAUGGUUGCAUGGUUUCAGUAAAAAUUGUAUCAUGUAUUCUGAGUGUGAAAUGAUUUUCAGCAAAAGUGUACCUUUUUAUUAAAAAAAUUGGAAUACUGA